AUGGCGAAUUCAGGUGUCGGUGUUCGCGGCGUUGGCGUGGGUGUAAGCGUUGGUAGCAUUGGCCUCACUACAGGCAUGCUGACACCCGUAGUCGCAGGUAUUGGCGGCAUGAUACCCAAUUCAUCAUCCUCCUCGUCGUCAUCGUCGUCAACAUCAUCAUCAAAUCAUUUGCAAAUGCUCAAUUCAGCCGGAACGACUUGUACCAGCGGAAAUAGCAAUGCUGUAGCGACAUCAAGUGGCACCGGUUUAGUUAGUUCGAAUGGUGACAAUCCGCAACACGUUGUAUCUGGGGCUGGUGUUGGCGUCGGUGUUAACAAUUCCAUCAACGCCGCCGCUGCUCAGCUGCUUAACCAAGCUGCGGCCGCGGCGGCAGCAGCGAUUGCCGGUCAAGCUAGCAACACGCCCCAGUUAAAUAGUAACAAUGCAAGCGGGAAUAACAAUAUGCUUCAACCAUCGUCAGUUGUUAGUAGCAUCAUGACACCGGCUACAGCAACGGGUUCUAACGGCGGGGGUGGUGGGCCGCAACAACCGUCACCUCAAGCGCCACCAACGUAUGUCAACUUAUAA